UCCGGCGGGCGGGCGGUGGGAGAUGGCGGAGUAUCUGGCCUCCAUCUUCGGUACCGAGAAGGACAAGGUGCGGAGGAUUUCCCCGACUGCUGCAUCCUGAUCCUCAGGCUUCUGCCUGCAGCCUUCCACCCGUCGGGAACGCCUCUAGUUUCUCUGGUUGUUGGAAGCGUACUUAGAAAACACUCCUAACGAAAAUUUGGUCACCACCGUCGGCCUGACCAAAGCAACGCGUUUUUCCACUCGUAAAAAUGAAAGGGGGCAUCGAUGUGCUGCUGGACUAAAUUACUCUUGCCAGCCCCUGGCCAUGAGGCUUCUGAUUUCCUUCUGCUUUAUAGUACUACAUGCCAGUUCCAAUCCACUCGUCUGUCAGAAAAAGCAGUGCCGGCAGCCACUCGAGCUCUGCUACUGUAGCAUCCUUUCUGAUAUUAUGCAUUGCAGCUUAACAGUAUUAGGAUGUGCCAAUAUGGCAGGCAUGAAAUUCCUGUUACAGGUCUUAUUUUCUGUUCAAAAAGCAAGCAGAACUCUUCAGAAACUCUUGAAGUUGGAGGCAUAUUGGACAUCUUAUAGUUAGGUACUUUUUUUGUUUCAGGUUAGAGUUCAGAAAAGACAAGUCAACUGUUCAUUUUAUUUCAAAAUUGGAGCUUGUCGUCAUGGAGACAGAUGUUCUCGGUUGCACAACAAACCAACAUUUAGCCAGGAAGCGAUGCUGUUGUAAGCUUGCCUGUAGUAGAGACCAACCAGUGCUAACUUUCAGACAACUUGAUUUUAAGAAGAACGAUACAAAUACCAUCUUGAUUCAAAACAUCUAUCGUAACCCCCAAAACAGUGCACAGACGGCUGACGGCUCACACUGUGCUGUGAGCGAUGUUGAGAUGCAGGAGCAUUAUGAUGAAUUCUUUGAGGAGGUCUUCACAGAAAUGGAAGAAAAAUACGGUGAAGUUGAAGAGAUGAACGUUUGUGAUAACCUUGGAGAUCAUCUAGUAGGAAACGUGUAUGUAAAGUUUCGCCGUGAAGAAGAUGCAGAAAAGGCUGUGAUUGACCUGAACAAUCGUUGGUUUAAUGGACAGCCCAUUCAUGCUGAGCUUUCACCUGUGACUGACUUCAGAGAGGCCUGUUGCCGUCAAUAUGAAAUGGGCGAGUGUACACGAGGAGGCUUCUGCAACUUUAUGCAUUUGAAGCCCAUUUCCCGAGAGUUAAGGCGCGAGUUGUAUGGGCGGCGGCGUAAAAAGCAUAGAUCCAGGUCGAGGUCCCGUGAACGUCGAUCUAGAUCCAGAGAUCGUGGUCGUGGAGGUGGUGGUGGAGGAGGAGGACGUGAACGUGAUAGGAGGCGGUCAAGAGAUCGUGAAAGAUCUGGUCGAUUCUGAGCCAUGCCAUUUUUACUGUAUGUCUGCUAGAAAGUGUUGUAGUUUGACCAAACAAGUUCAUAAUGAGAUUUUUUUUAAAAGAUGGGCUUCUGAAUAAAAAAUUUGUAGUGAUACAGUAUUCUUUGUGUAACUUGUUUCUUGUGGGGGGAGUCUUUUUAACUGUCAUUCCUCUAUCUUGACAAAUUACCUGGAUUAACUAUGCCUGAGGGAAAGGUGGUAAAUGUAUUGGAGGAGCGCCGGUUUUGGGUUUGAUUUUGGUUUGGGGUUUUUUUUUUUUUUCUUCUUUAUUUGGGUAUAAUUUGAACUGUUGAUGAAAAUGUGUGUGUAUAUAAUAUGAAAUAUUAUAUACAUAGUAAAAAUAAUAUACUGCUUAAGAAACAGUUACAUAAGUUUCCCUUUUCUGCUAUGCUGUCUGCUUAUUUAGGUUAGCUUAGGCACAUUUAAAAGGAAGGCUGUGCAAAAUGCGUUUAUUUACCAAGUAGAAGCACUUAGUUACAAAAAUGUAUGUUUGUUUGUUACCAGAAGUCUGUGCUCUGUCUAUCAAUGUGACUGUGGCAUUUACAAUAAAUCCAAUUUCUUCGUGUAAAAUCUAAAGCCUACUUUAUAAGCACUCUGGAGUAGCUGAGUUGCUACUGUGCCAGAGUUCAUAGCUUAAUUUUUUUUUUAUGAUUCUUGACUAAAUUCCUUGUCUUUGGCUGGAAAGAAAGUUGCCUAGUGCAACUUUCCCUAGUGGGGAAAAUAGUUUUUUUUAUUGCAGUAAUUCAUAAUAGGCAGGUGGGGUUUUGUAAGGAAACUUGUGUUCCGUGCAACACAAUGCAUAGCACCUAUUGAAGGAAAUGCAAGGUCCUAAAUACAAGGACCAAGUUUCUCUAGGACUGAAGGGAUUUUUUUUUUCCACUCCAUGGUCUCUUAGUUGUCAUUUAAUGAAAAGCAUUGUUAAAAGUUCAAGGUCAUAGGAAACUAAUAGGAAGCUAGUUCAAAAUAAAUGUAGUUCCAUGUUUACUGAAUUCCUGAUAGCCUGAAGUGUGAUAAAAGCUAAUGGAUAGAUGGCAGUUUCUUCACAAACAAGACAUCUUUUUCUAUCUGAACUUUAACUGAAUUACACAAUAGCUGUAUAUCUUAGGUUUUGUAUCUCCGAAGGAGUUUAAGCUCGAAAUGUUGCUGGAACAUCUUGAGAGAGAAUUUGUACAAUGGCUGUCUUGCAGUUUAACUUCAUGUCUGCUCUUAUUCGAAGUGGAACAUAGUAAGAAACUUUGGUCAGUGGUCAUAUUUCUUCAAGAUACAACUUGACGUACUUGAAGCUCUGUAAUAGAGCUUUUCAGAGGAGGAGAGAAUUUAGUAGUCCUGUUUUAGUUCUGAGUCAGAUAACUUGCUAAAUUAUAAAUUUGUUCCUUUUUUAUUAUUAAUCUUAAAAACAUAAAAAAACAUAGAUGAACAAACCAGCUUCUCUCUGCCUCCAAAGCAAGUAUAAAACUUGUGCUCACUGGAACUUGGAGUUGGCAAACAAAAUAAUAUUGAAAAAAGCUGUUCUAAAUUAAUCUGCUUUGCCAGUAACCUUUUAAAAGAAGCAUAUCACUCUGAAGUUGGCUUCACUGCUUAUGUUUUGUUGCAAGUACAUGAACCAAAUUGUGCUUUCUUUUCGCUGGAGAAACUGAGCAGUGCCUGGCAAAAAGUAGCUGAACUGACACCUGUGGUAUUUCUGCUAGGUGUUAAUAAUCUAACAUAAUUCAGUUCUUGCAGUUUACAGAAUAUAAAUCUAGUUCCCUUUCUUCUUCAGUGAAAUGUAAGAUUAUUAAUGAGCUAACUUAAAUCUUGGGCUCAAAAAGGUGAGGAUAGUCUCUCUUGUUUUCAAAUCCAUAUCUAGUGUAAUGGGGGAGCUACUUAAAAAGGUUUAAGAUUGUUUGUUUUCCCAUAGAGUAAUGACAAGCGGAUUUGCCCUAUAAACAAGUUAGUUUUGAACUAUAAAUGUGUCCCUGUAAUGGCUUUCAUCUGUUUAUUUAAACCCUGUUAAACUGCAGGUACGUUUCUGUAUGAACAUAUAACAGAAGAUUGAUUUCUCCCUCUAGCCCAGUAUUUCUUUAAAAAAGCCCUCUUGAAUUCCACCAAAUGCAUCAUUUUAUGGUCUGAUUGCACAGCUGUCCAAAAGUUAACCAUGUAACUGGAAUAUGUCAUAAUGGGCACUGAAAGCAAUAGAUGUUGCUGGAUACUAGAAGGAAAAAAAACUUAUGCAUCAACCAUUACUUGAUUGUGUAAUGAUAACCUAGUGACAGCAUUCAAUAUAUAAAGUAAGCACAUGACCUAGCUUCAGUUAGGUUCACCUUUGAAGGCUGUACUACCAGUAAGAUCACAUUUGAAAUUUAGAACUGCACAAAUUUGGUUAAAAACACAUCAUAGUCCAAACUGCUUUACCAAUACAAACCAAGUGGAAAUCCUACUUUCCCCUUCUGUAUUUGCUCAUAAUGUCUUAGAGUAAGAUUACUUCUCCCCACCUCUUCUUCCUUGAGAUACCUACUUCUCAGAAAUAUUUCAUUAAGUCUUCUGUUAAACAGUAGAUCCUAAUUUAUGGAAUUCCUUUACCUCAAAUAAGUGACAGCAUAAGGUAUUUUCUGAAGUCUGAGUCAAUUAGUUUGAAACUGUUAAUCCCAAGUGGCUUCCUCUUCUUUGUAUUUGGCUCUUAUUCUGUGAAAAUACUGCUUGUCCAUGAAUAUGAUGUAUGUUGAGACUGUAAAACCAAAUGGAGAAAACUUGCUCAAAAUAAAGCCUUGUUUUUAUAAGAACCUGA